AUUUAAGAAAAUUAUAAAAGUAUUAUUUUUGAAAAAUAUUAAAAAUUUAAAGGCAUUGUAAAUAAUAUUAUCUACCUAUCGACCUCAAUAGGCCCUGAAAGUGUAACGUCUCAGGUUUGUUAGGAUUAAACACCGACAUUGAAGUCAUACCCAACAUGCUCACACCAAUUGUUUCGUGCUUGGGAAAAGGAAUUCUUUUUUAAUUAAGAAUCAUGUAUAAGUCAUAUUAUAUUAUUCUUAGUCUUUGAUUCCAAACGAACAAAUGUUAGUCAACGUUGUCAAAAAAUCAAUUGUCAAUAAUCAUCGAACAUGCAUUAGAAUUUUGCUAUCUCAAACGAAUGAAUUUUUUAAACUAAAAUUAUUAUUACUUUAUACAUACGUUUAUUACUGUAAGGAGUGUGCCAGAAUUUAAAUAUGGAGAAUAGCAAUAAAAUUGUUCCGCCGCACCUCAAUGCUGAAGUUUACAGAACAGAUACCACCGGCACCAGCACAAUCUCUUAUUUAGAUUAUAUUCAAAUUCACGAGGACAGCAGCGUGCUAGUAGGACGCUCAGAAUUAACUGGACGUUACUGGAACGGUGGUGCUAGCGUUUAUAAAACUAUUGAAGAAGGUCAAAAAUGUCUUAGUGAAACAAAAAAUAGUAUAUAUCUGACAAGUGGUACUGCAGACGGAUGUUUUAUCGGUAAUUCUGGGAAGGUAUUAUUAUGUGAAGACAGUGGUGCAGUUAGUGUAUGGUCAACAUCUUCUGAAGAUGCAUGGAAAUUCUGGAAUGAGGAUGUGUCUGCUGCUGAACAUGAUGAUGCUGCACUAGCUAUUGGUUGUUUGGUUCCUGAAAAAGAAUAUAUCACAGUGGGAGGUGAUGGAAAUAUAAAGAUAUGGGACAUAAAUGAAAUGUUAUGUAUAAGGAAUUAUAAUGCCGCUCAUAGCAUGCCAAUAUGUAGUGUAUCUGUGAAAUUCAAUUCCAAUAAUAAUUUUGCAACUGCAUCAUUAGAUGAAUCUAUAACUUUAUGGGAUGAGAAUGUAUCCAAACCAGUUCUUGAUUUAGUACAAAAUAAUUGUGGUGUUCGUUGCUUACAAUGGAUUGAUGAUAAUAAACUAGUAUUUGGCGACGAAGCUGGAGUAUUAAGUUUAGUUGAUGCUAGAAAUCCACAAAAUACUACAAAAUUAAUGGAGUUUCCAGCCGCUGUUCACAAGUUGGUUACUCAUAAAGAAUCUCAUAAAAUGGGUAUAUGCUGUGAUAAUAAAAUAGUAUCAGUAUGUUCAAUAAGUGAAGAUGAUAAAAUCAAAGUAGUUUACCAUGAUAGACAUAUGCAUAAGAAUUAUGUAAGAGGAAUGGCAUGGGAUGUUAAAGAAGACAAUGUACUACACACAUUAGGAUGGGAUGGAGAAAUACAAACACACAAUAUAGUCUGGGAUUAACAGAGCCUUUUUUGCAAAUAUAUAUUUUCUUAACAAUAAAUUAAUCGUCCCACCAUUUUA